UGUGUGUGUGUGUGUGUGUGUGUGAGAGAGAGAUCAGGAUAAUCCGUGUGUAACCCUUUCGUGUCCGCGGAUCCUCCAGCGCUUCAGUCUGCGGCAGUGACUUGUUUAUUUCUUGCAUUUCUCUGAACAGGAUCGAGUCUCCUUUAAAUAUCGCCUUCCGUUCCUGAACGAGAAUCCCGAAUGCGAGCUGAGAUGAUGCUCCCAGCCGACUUUAGCCCGAGAUCCGGCGUGGCAGCGGCCGGUGCUGAUGAGAGCCGCCGCGGACCCUCGCUCUUCCUCAGCAUCAGCAGCAUCAGCAUCAGCAUCAGCAUCAUCGGCGUCGCGUCCAUCAUGCUCGUUCUCCGUGUGUGAAUCGCAGUGUUUCUGGGCUGAGAUGGUUCGGGUCGUCAGUGUUCUGGGUCUGGUGAUGUUCAGCGUCGCUUUGCUCAUUUUAUCGUUGAUCAGUUACGUGUCCAUCAAGAAAGACUUCAUAUUCACCGCUCCCAAAUACGACAACGCCGGCGGGCCGCGGAUGUACAUGUUCCACACGGGCUUUCGAUCCCAACUGGCCAUGAAGUUCCUGGAUCCCGCGUUCACGUCGCUGAAUAAUGCGCUCAACGAGAACCUGCAGGAGUCCAGCAGCUGGAGGUUCAACCAGAGUGCUUAUUUACAGCAGAGUAAAGAGAUCGCCCAGUACAUCGACGUCGCACACAACUUCACGCUGACCAAGAGCAGCGUCCGCAUGGGUCAGCUAAUGCACUAUGACUACUCCAGUCACAAAUACGUCUUCUCCAUCGGCGAGAACCUCAGGUCUCUGCUGCCGGACUCGUCUCCCGUCCUCAACAAGCGCUUCAACAGCUGCGCAGUGGUGGGCAACAGCGGCAUCCUUACCGGCAGCCGCUGCGGCACGCAGAUCGACAGCUACGACUUCGUCUUCCGCUGCAACUUCGCACCGACUGAGGCCUUCCGUCGCGACGUGGGCCGCCGGACCAACCUGACCACCUUCAACCCCAGUAUCCUGGAGAAAUACUACAACAACCUGCUGACCAUCCAGGACAGGAACAACUUCUUCCUGAGCCUGAAGAAACUGGACGGAGCCAUUCUCUGGAUUCCCGCCUUCUUCUUUCACACGUCGGCCACCGUCACGCGAACGCUCGUCGAUUUCUUCGUAGAGCACAAGGGCCAGCUGAAGGUGCAGUUAGCCUGGCCGGGAAACAUUAUGCAGUACGUCAACAGGUAUUGGAAGACGAAGCAGCUUUCCCCGAAGCGUCUGAGCACAGGGAUCCUGAUGUUCACGCUGGCCUCGUCUCUGUGUGAACAGGUGCAUCUGUACGGAUUCUGGCCCUUCGGCUGGGACCCCAACACGGGCAAAGAGCUGCCCUACCAUUACUACGACAAGAAGGGCACCAAGUUCACCACCAAGUGGCAGGAGUCGCACCAGCUGCCCACCGAGUUCAAACUGCUCUUCAAGAUGCACGCAGACGGCGUCCUCAAACUCAGCCUCUCCCACUGCGCCUGAGGUCAGAGGUCAGCGGUCAGGAUGCGGGGUCGUUCGGGCUCGCUAAUGGACAUUUGUCAUGAUUGUCCUGGAUUUUAUUUCUGGAACUAUAUACACUGAGCUCAGCAGUGUUAUUGAUAACUAAUGAUAUCAGUGUUAGAAUGGGCGCCAUCAGGGAUAGAAAGGAAGGCUGGUGACACUUUACAAUAAGGUGACU